CUUGGUAACCAUUUUUGAACUUGAUUUUUAUUUCCUCGUUUGUUGUCAAUUCUAUAAGUUCUUCUUCCAGCUGAGGUGACAUUGCUGUGUUGACAUUUGAAAACGGAUCCAACACCCAGUCUGGUAUUUCCAAGUUCAAAAUGUUCUGGUAUCGUUCAAUGAAGUCAGUGUGGAGGUUUUCCAAAUGUUGGCAGUAGGCAAACAAUUCGUCGUUACUGCAUGAUACUGAUAAAUUCGAAAAAUUGUGAAACUCGCGUCUGCCCAGAUUCUUUUUGUGUAGAAGCAGUUUGGCUGCGAAAGCAGCAACGACGUUUUGUGUUUUAAUUAAAUUUAGUUUAUCGCCUUGCAGUUGGAGAUUCAUGUCGUUGAACAAUUUAAGCUAUAUCAUUCUUUGAUGUUAUGAGCUUGUCUUGAAAUUCUGUAUCUUUAGUUUCCAAGAACUCUAUAACAGAGUCAAACAGGUUGUAGAAUCGAGUCAGAAAAUUGCCUCUUGAUAGCCAACGAACUGCAGUAUGAAACAACAAACCUCGUCAUUAGUAACACAAAACUGAUGAAAUAAUUUAUCAUUCAAAGAGCUGUUGCGGAUUUUAUUGACUGCUUUGAUGACAUAUUGCAGUGAUUGAAAUAGUUUUUCACUUAAGUUUGUAGCAACUAAAUACAUUUGUAAGAAAGGAUAAAGAUCCUUUUUUAUUUUCCACAUAAAAGAUUUAAGGAGUUCAAAAGCUCAAAACGUGCGCUACAUCAGCUACCUACCCGACGUCAUUUCGCAAGUGAUAAAAUAAAUUUUUCAAGAGCUCAAAGUAUGCGCUACAUCAGCUCGAACCUACCUACCCUACACCUUUGCGCAAAUGAUUAUAUUAUGAUAGCAAAUGCCCACAUACAGAUUUGGCAAUGGCAAUAGCAAUACGUUUGACAGUUAGUAUUCUAUAAAUUCUAUCCUGUCGAGAUGCUCGUUAUGAAACGGAGCGACCGAUUGACAUGUUUUUCAUUUUUCUAUAUUCAAUAAAAUGGGACAGAUAUAUGAACUACGCGGAGAGAAAUAUAGAACCGAGUUUGAGCAAUCCUUUAUUUCAUAUUAGUUGAUGUUCACAAGUUGUUGUUGAGAGUCGAGAGCUCAUGUAGUCGUUGUCUAAGAGGCCUUCUAGCUAAAUAAAUUACAAAUAACCCCCCAAGCCCUACACAACGGCCCCAUUUUCUUUCUGGGUCUCUUACCGCCCCCCUUGACAUCUGCAGCGCCCACUAGGGGGCGUUAUCGCCCACUUUGGGAAACCCUGACCUAAACUAUAUGGAGACAUUAUAUGUUUAAUAACACACACCUUUGCAAAAAGAAUCCCAUCAAUGGGGCAAGAAACUGCAGCGAAAGUAAGCCUCGGCUAAAUAAAAGAAAUACGUAUAAACACCACCUAUACCCAAAACUUCCAAGUCGAUUGUAGAGAACUAGGAAAUGUGAAAUUCUUUUAGUUACUUUGGCAAGUUAUAGGCAUGCACAUUUGGUUUUACCAAACUUGACUAUUAUUUUGUUAUUCUAGUUAUUAAUUUGAAUUACAUUUUUUUUUUUAUUUUACGUAAUUCAUUACGAGUAUUUCUUAAAAUACUAAAUUUUCUUAAUACUUGUCCGUACUUAAAUAAAACAAAUCAGCAAAUUUUUUUGCAAAUUGUAUCGAUUCUUUAUUAGCCGAAGGAACUUCGUUCCUACCUGGUGUCCCACGACACCACAUUUCUUUUUUUUUUAUAAGAGAGAGGAGAGUUAAUACCAGUAUCAACGACACUUAUACUACACAAGUUAAUACAACAAAUAUUUAUUUCAACAAUAUUCAUUGAUACAAUGUAGUUGUUAAAAUUCAAUAACUUAAAAGCUAACACAACAAAUAUUUAUUUCAACAUAACAACAAUCAUUGCAACAAUGUUGUUGUUAAAGUUGAGUAACAUAAAUAAACAUCCGCUGCAACUCCCAAAAUUGAUCGACAUUAUUGCUGAUCAAUAAAUAAUAAUAUCAACAACAAUAAUCAACUUCAAUUCUUAUAUUUAUGAAAAAAAUAUACAGAUAUUAAGUUUAAUCUAUAUAUAUAAAAUUAAGUGGCAAAACUUCCUGUUCGCAUACUCCUCCUAGACCGCUUGCCCGAUUUCAAUGAAAUUUUCAGGGGUGAUUGGGGUCUGUUUGGAGGGUGCACAUAAGAAAUUUAAUGUGUGUAUCAUUGCACGUUUUGCAAAAAAAAAAAAAAAAUGAUACAUCCCGCCUAUACAAAUUCUCAUGAAAUAAUGUUUUGCCGCAAGAUUAACAGUCCUGUCAAAUGCCUUUUACUAAUAAAAAGGAACAACUGGCGGAUGUUUACAAUUAAUAAAAAAAAAAAAACAUUGACAUCGCAUGUUGAUCGUUUUUGCCUGUCAUUCGUUCUUUCUAUGGAUGACUGUCAAGCUAACAAGACAUACAGAACGUAAGAGUUCCGAAUGCACUGAGUGUAUAAAAAAAUGUUUCAACAUUAUGUGUAUUUUUCUCAGAUUUCAAUGUGAUUAACAUUCUGCGUACAACACAAAGCAAGUGAGUAUUGUUAUUGUUUCGUAAGUGUUUCCAUGCGGUUUGCAAAUACACUGUUUGUGGGUCUUAUUGCAUAUGCGUGUGUGGGUAAAAUACAUAGUUUAAGAUGUAGUUUUAGGUUAAUUUUUCCAUUUUUAUUUAUGUACUUCAAAUAUGCAUACUCUAGAAAAUGCCUCGACUACGCCAACGUAAUACGGUUGGCAGGCAUACGAGUGAUUCACGUCGAAUGUCAAUAUCAAGAAGAAAUCAAAGUGAAGAGCGACGCGCUCAAAUGAAUGCCCGAGGUAGAGCGGUGUACAGAGAGCGGCGCGCACAGAAUCAACGGCCAAGUUACCGUCAAGGCCGAAAAUGGUCAACGCGUUUAUUUCACUGCAGACAAUGUACCACAGAGCGCAGCACGACCACCGGGGACAACACUAACUACCUUUUUCGAGUUGUGUUCCGAAAUACCACAAUAUUUCACUUGGAAUCCAUCAUCGAAAACAUUUCAACGACGAAAGCAAGAGGAGCGUGUUGACGGUUAUCCAAAUGUCCGUAAAACCGAUGCCAUAGGACGCAUUUACACCAUCCAUCCGAACAACACCGAAUGUUUCUAUUUGCGUCUGCUAUUAGUCAACGUGCGCGGACCGAGAUCAUUUGAUGAUUUGAAAACUGUUGACGGUCAGUUGUGUGCGAGGUAUCGUAAAGCAUGUCAGCGAUUGCAUUUGUUAGAAGAUGAUAUGCAUUGGGACACCGCACUUCAUGACGCAUCACUCACAUCUCAUCCAAAACAAAUACGCGUACUAUUCGCCAUAAUAAUAUCUACAUGCCUUCCGUCAAAUCUGCAAGAACUGUGGAAUAAGUACAAAGACUGCGUGACCGAGGACUUAUUAAUUUUGGCGCGUAGUCGAGCAUCGGACGCAGAUUUGCUAUAUACAUUACAAAUGUGUAAUGAUGCUUUGAUGUUGGUUGAAGAUCUGUGCCUUACAAUUGCGAAUAAGGCAUUAACGCAACUUGGCAUAGCUGCGCCCAAUCAAAAAAAGAUGAUAAGAUUAUACGAGCGGUUGACAAUAACGCCGGUGGAUUCUACUUUCUGGAUGUGCCCGGUGGUACAGGGAAAACGUUUCUGACCUCUUUAAUUCUUGCUACUAUGCGGUCACAGUAGAAAUUGCGCUGGCAAUUGCUUCGUCAGGCAUCGCUGCUACUCUAAUUGAAGGCGGCCGAACAGCACAUUCUGCGUUGAAAUUACUGUUGAACAUCUAAGUCGUAGAAACACCAACGUGCAACAUAUCAAGGAAUUUAGCAAUGGCAAAAGGUUUGCGAGGAGCUGGAAUAGUUCUAUGGGAUGAGUGCCCAAUGGCUAACAAAAAGUAAUUACAAGCAACAGAACAAUGCAAGAUUUACGCCAAAAGCAACAACUUUUAUCCGGCGAUUUUCGGCAAACUUUGCAAGUCAUUCAACUCCUGCCGACGAAAUAAACGCAUGUUUAAAAUCGUCAGUUUUGUGGAGACAUGUUCAAAGGCUGACUCUUACCAUCAACAUGCGAGUCUAAUUGCAAAAUGAUCGAUCCGCAGCGGCGUUUUCGAAGCAGUUGUUAGACAUUGGCGAAGGCAAAGUACCAAUCGAUGAUACCGGUUUGAUCACAUUGCCGAACAACUUUUGUAGACUUUUACAAUCGAAAGAAGAAUUGAUUGAAAGUGUAUUUCCGAAUAUUGUUCAACACUAUCAACGCAACGAUUAUUUAAGUGAACGCGCAAAUGGCACCGAAAAAUGUACACGUCAACGAAAUCAAUUUUGCCAUUCAAGAAAAACUGCCAGGAGAAGCUACAACAUAUACAUCGAUUGAUAGCGUUUUGGAUCAAGAUGAAGUAGUCAAUUAUCCAACUGAAUUCUUGAAUUCUUUGGAUCCCCCCGGUCUGCUACCGCAUUGUUUGGUCCUGAAAGUCGGUUCACCCAUUAUACUUCUACAAAAUCUGAAGCCACCGACUUUGUGUAAUGGCACAAGACUUUCAGUCAAAAAAUUGUGGCCAAAUUUGAUUGAAGCAACAAUACUAAAUGGCAAGGCAGCAGGUGAAGUUGUACUCUUACCACGCAUUCCCAUAAUUCCAACGGACAUGCAGUUUGAAAUUAAAGGGCUUGCAGUUCCCAGUACGUCUUGCCUUUGCGAUGACCAUCAACAAAUCGCAAGGGCAAACGUUUCAAGUGUGCGGCGUCAAUUUGGAAGAACCGUGCUUCUCCCACUGCCAAUUGUUCGUCGCAUGCUCUAGAGUGGGAACACCAAGGUGCUUAUUCAUUUACGCGCCAGGUGGAAAAACCAAAAAUGUUGCAUACCAAUAUGUUUUAUAAAUGUUUUAUAAAUAAGUAACAGUUUUACAACAAGAAAUAAAACACUAAGUAAAACCCCUCAAGAGUUUUAAUCGAUUUAGGUUGAGCGAAGCGCAUAGGGUAACAGCUAGUUUUCGAUACAUUUUUUCCACAUCACCAUUGAAGACGAAUUUGUAUAUACGCCAGUUUAAUAUAGGAUCAUUAAAUCUGGCUGAAGCGUGGAACCCGUAUAUGAAAUGUCAUUUAGGGAAUUCCCCAAACUAAGGUUUUUGAUUCAUUAAAGACAACUCUUACCUUUGUGUUUUUUUUUUGUUUAUUACUGCAUGAUGUGGCAGGUAGAAUGAAUAGUAUUUACUUUUUAUAAUUUUUACGCCAGGGCUGACUUCCUCCAUGUGAUCUAAAUGGAGGUAUUCUUCUGGAACCCUAUCGUAUUCUGGUUUCAGCUCGCCUUUUUUAAGUAGUGUUUUUUCAAUACUUAAAAACUGUUGGAUAGCAUAAGUGCGGAAAUGCCUUAAGGCGAGUGUGUGGGGAAAUUCUAGCUUUAGUGGUAGCCGUACGAGGGUCCUAAAAAUCCUUACAAUAUCGAUCUUCUGGGAUUGUGAUUGAUAUGAGGGGGAGUUCUUCUAACUCCCAAAAUUUUUUCAGAUGUAUAUUGAAGUACUCGUUUGGGAUUUCCUCAACUUGAGUUGUCAUUGUUGUGACUGGUUCUGCAACCAGUCCCCUUAGUAUCCAAACGAAAAAGGUAUUUUGGGCCAGAAAUGAUUUUGGUUUUCGCUGUGUAGCGUCUGAGUUUUUAAUGCCUUUGAGCAGUGUCGUGCUUAUUGGCAAUUUUCGGAAUUUUAUAAGUCGGGAUUUGCUAUUGCAAUUAAUGCCGCAACUCUUUUAAUAAUAGCGUUAUUUUAAACGAUGCUGAAAAAAUUUGUAGUAUGAAGCAUUGUGUUAUGUCGUUUAUGGCAAUAAACGCAAUUGAAUUUGCUUUCGCAAUCUUUAAGCGUAUGCCCAUGUGAAAAACAGUUGGUACAAAGUUUUUUGUUCUUACGAAAUUGUUUCUUUCGUUAAUAUUUAGUUUUUUAAAUUUCUCGCAAGAUUUCAGCCUGUGCCCUUCUUUAAACAGUUCGCAAGACAUAUGUUUGUUCUGUUCGGAUGUGAACGAUUGUGUUUUGAAAAAACAACGAUUUAAGUUGUUGUUGUUACUCGCUUGGGGCCUAAUGAACAUUCGAUUUAUGUCGUGUUGAACGUUUUUAGUUCUGACUAGUAUUUUAUCUACCCUUUGCGCAAUUUCAUAUUGGGUAGUUAAGAAAUCUUUCAUUUGUUGCCACGUUCGGCACUUUCUUCGUGAUGAGAGCGAUUACUAAAACAAAAGUAACGGUUUUUCUGGUAAUGCAGAUGUGCAUAUGUCUGGGGAAUAUUCUGUGUCGCUAGAACCGACAAGCAAUUUGAAACAGUGGAUUGAAGUUUUAUAAAUUCUUCGCUUGUUUCUUUCGGAAUUUUUGGUAAAUUUAUUAUUAUUGUCACUUGUUUGUCGACUAAUAUUCUUUUGCUUACGUAAGGUGCUUUUUGGGCUUCCCAAUCAAAAUUGAAAUUUUCGUCAUUAAUAGCGAACUGUUUUACUAUUACGUCUGCUUGACUUUUGUUUUGUUUCAGAGGUGAUACAAUUUUUGUGCUUGUGAUAAUUUUGGAUGGUUUAUGUACACGGUUGUAAACAUGUCCCGGAAGGACGGCCAUUGUUCAUAACCACCAUGCAAAAUUUCAGUGUCACAUGCGGGCAUCUUGAGAUGGAUGCCUGAACUCGCCUCUUGGCUUUGAACUUGUGGCAGCUCUAGUCUCGGUUGUGGAGUAGGUGAAAUUGCUUUAAUUUAUUUCAAUUGAUCGGAGAUCAUAGCUUUCGUCUCUUCGUACUGGUCUAAGCAAUUUCCAGGUAGAUCAGAUUUGUCAGAUUCUACAAUUGCGUCAUACGCAGCUUGGAGGCGUGUCCAGAAAUUGCCUACUUUUUCUUGUUUGAUUUCUAAUACCGCUUCAGAAUUGUCUUGAAUCGGUGAAGAUGAGAAUCGAGUGCAGUGUCGAAUUAGGCUGUCACUCUCAGCAAUAAUCUUAGUAUAUGAAGUAUCUUUCGUCUUUUUUGCUUUGUAGCAGCUUGUUUUGAACAUGUAGCUUCUGCAGGUGUUCAUCGGCUCUUUUCUUCAGAAAUAUUUUUUUUUAACUUUUAGGUAUUGUAUCGACUUAGAUUCCUUAGAAUCUUCGUUCAUUUGGAUAAUAUGAGAAAAUUUAAAAUAUGAGAAAAAAAUUCUCUCAGUGUACUUCUAAAAACAAUAAAUACGUGUGAAAUCUUUAAGAUAAAAAUGAAUGAAACAAUAACGAACGCGUAUUUCGUUUUCCUUAUUCCCGGUUCUUAUUUCGUUGUGGUAUUAGUUUGUUCUUGUUUUCCUUAUAUUUAAUUUAUUGUUUCGUACUCGUUAGUACUCGUAAAUACUUGCGUAGUCGUAUAUAAGCAAUAAUGAAAAAGGAGAAAAAGGUUAAUGACCUUUGUAUAUGAGUCUGCACGAUAUGUGCGUGUUUAUGUGCAUACGUAAGAUGCCUAAGAAUUUUUGUUUGUUUGAAAUCCUGCUUGUGCUUUAACAAGAACAAGGGGUAUUGCUGGAAAGGUGCCGAUUUGUAUAGCUUAUGCCACUGAGUCCAAUUUGUUUCCUCUCCGUUUCCUUUUCUUUUUGUUGCUAGUUCCGUAGUUGCUAAUUUCCUUUCGUUGGUUGGCUUUUUUGGCUUUUUUAAUAUUUUUUUAUAUAUUUUUUAUUUAUUUUUUAUUUAUUAUUUCCCUUUUUUAAUGGUUUUUCACAUUGACAUUUGAUUUUAUAUACGUGUUAAGCUUUGUGACCGUGUAGAAUUUUUUUUUUUUUUGUUAAGUAAUAUGUCGCUCCCGGUUUUAGGUAUUUUUCUGUUUUUUGGUAUUCAGCACAGAAUUGUGUGAAUAUGCAUAUCUAUAGGUGUUUUGUUUAUUUUUUUUUAACCGCACACUAUACACGAUUUAUCUUUUUCUUAUUAUUGUAAAUUAUGUUGUUUUAUUUUGGUACCACAACACGGAACCGUUUCGUAUUCUCCGUGUUUCAAUUUUUUUUAUAUGUAUAUAUAUAUGUAUAUGUCACUGCACCUUUUAUUUUAGUUUAUAAUUUUUGGUUGUUGAAAAUUUUAUAUAUAUAUAUAUAUAUAUAUAUAUAUAUCACCUCAUUUUACCGCUUGAAUCUUUUGUUUUUGUAUAUAUGUUUGUCUCCUCACUUAAAUUUUUUGUAUAAUUGCACACUUACCACUUUCUUCAAAGCAAAUACCGAAAUCCUGCUAAAUUAUUUUAGACAUGUAGUAUAUAAACGUUUUAAGGGAACCGGUGUGAAUUAAAAUAUUCCACCUCUUGACGAAAAUUGUCCAAAUCCAACCAAAACUUUUAAAGCCCUUAUUUACCCAAUAUGACAACAUGACCUAGCCAGCGUAGCCGCUGUCUUUUAAUUCGCUGAACUAUGUCAAUGUCGUCAUAUAUCUCAUACAGCUCAUCGCUCCAGCGAAAGCGAUAUUCACCGUGGCCAACGCGCAAAGGACCAUAAAUCUUUGGCAGAACUUUUCUUUCGAAAACUCGCAACGUCGACUCAUCACUUGCUUUCAUCGUCCAAGCCUCUGCACCAUAUAGCAGGACGGGUAUUAUGAGUGACUUAUAGAGUUUGGUUAUUGUUCGUCGAGAGAGGACUUUGCUUCUCAAUUGCCUACUCAGUCCGAAGUAGCACCUGUUGACAAGAGUUAUCCUGCGUUGGAUUUCUAAGCUGACCUUGUGGGUGGUGUUUACACUGCUUCCAAGGUAAACGGUAUUAUCUGUGACUUCAAAGUUAUGACUGUCAACAGUGGCAUCCAUUCCACAUUGCCAAUUGGUACUGAAAAUGAUUAGCAUUCUCAGGGCGCUGAUCAACGCAUUGAUUUGAUCCGCUGUGCUUUUGAGCGCCGUGGAGUAAGGCUGUCGUCAGCAGGUAUCCACGUUAAACACACCGGACGUUGUCAACAGUGGCGUGAGUGCGACGACUGUUUGUGUGAUGACAGGAGAUAUUUCGUCCUGCCCUCGUUCCUGCCAGACCCAUUUGUUUUGCCUCCUUGUCCAGUCUGGAGAAAGCAGAACUACCGGCGCGGGUGCUGAAGCCGAUGAUAUCAAUAUCAGCGGCACACGCCAGCAGCUGUACACUCUUAUAAAAGAUUGUACCUGCUCGAUUAAAUUCUGCAACUCGAACUAUUUUCUCCCGCAGCAGAUUGCAGAAGUCGCACGAUAGAAAGUCGCCUUGCCUGAAACCUCGUUUGGUAUCGAACGGCUCGGAGAGGUCCUUCCCGAUCCUGACGGAUCUUUUGGUGUUGCUCAACGUCAGCUUACGCAGAUGUAUUAGUUUUGUGGGGAUACCAAAUUCAGACAUCGCGGCAUAAAGGCAGCUCUUUUUCGUGCCGUAGAAAUAAGCUUUGAAAUCGACGAAGAGGUGGUGUGUGUCGGUUCUCCUUUCACGGGUCUUUUCCAAGAUUUGGCGCAUGGUGAAUAUCUGGUCGGUUGUUGAUUUACCAGGUCUGAAGCCACACUGAUAAGGUCCAAUCAGUUUGCUGACGGUGGGCUUUAAUCUUUCACACAAUACGCCCGAUAGAACCUUAUAAGCGAUGUUGAGGAAGCUUAUCCCACGGUAGUUGGUGCAGAUUGUGUUCUUCAGGCGGGUGUUCUUCUUCACGGUCAGGCAAUGGAACGUCCGCUCCAUCGUCAUCGAUUGGGGGAUUGGGUUCGCCUUCUCCUGGUGUUGUGCGUUCACUGCCAUUCAGCAGGCUGGAGAAGUGUUCCCUCCAUAAUUUAAGUAUGCUCUGGACAUCGGUGACUAGAUCACCUUUGGGGGUUCUACAAGAGUAUGCUCCGGUCUUAAAACUUUCUGUAAGCCGCCGCGUUUUUUUUGUAGAAUUUUCGAGCAUUACCCCUGUCGGCCAGCUUAUCCAGCUAUUCGUACUCACACAUUUCGGCCUGCUUCUUUUUCUGUCUGCAAAUGCGUCUCGCUUCCCUCUUCAACUCUCGGUAUCUAUCUCAUUUCGCACGUGUUGUGGUCGCUCGUAACGUUUCGAGGUAGACAGCCUGUUUUCUCUCCGCUACGACACGGCACUCCUCGUCAUACCAGCUGUUCUUUUGCAUUUUCCGAAAACCAAUGGUUUCGGCUGCAGCUGUACGUAAGGAGUUUGAAAUGCCAUCCCACAGUGCCCUUAUAUCAAGUUGUUGACGAGUGAUCUCAAAGAACAGGAGUGCAAGCCGAGUAGAGAAUCGUUCGGCUGUCUGUUGUGAUUGCAGCUUCUCGAUGUCGAACCUUCCUUGUGUGUAUUGGCGUGCGGUUUUGUGCUGCACAGUGGUGGGUGCGAGUCUUGGCUGCAACAAGGUAUGUUUCGCCUUCACACUGUAGCUCGCCUUCAAAAGGCUGUUCUUAGGCUACCCAGAGGAUACUUGGUCAAAGACCGGAAAUCGUGAGCUGCUUGAGUCAUAUGUAAAAGUAUUGUUUCUGGCCUCCACUCUCAAGUGAAUGGCGAUCAGGGAACUUUACUCACUUGCGUGAACUUCUACACAUGACCUCCAAUUCAUUUGCAUUCCUAAAAUAACUUUAAAUAAUUUUGUCCGGUUUUUGAGACCAAAUACUCCUAUGUGCGACAUUUUGAAAAUGGAUGAUAUAAGUAGAUAUAAAACCCCUUUUACUCCCCAUAUAACGGUACUACCCGCUGUGUAAAAUUUAAUAUCUCUUGACGCGACCGACCGAUUUCGACUAUACUUAGUUCGUAGCAUUCUUAGGAAUAUGUAUGUCACAGUGUGAAAAUGGGUGAAAUCGGAUUGCAAGUAGUAGACAUAAGUACUUCUCAUAUAGCACAAUUUUAAACUACAUUUGAUACUUUCACUUUUCAGUACACAAAUCAAAAAGCUAUUAAUAUAACAGAAUAAACCUUAGCACGAAUAAUGUCCUUAGAGUAGUCCAUCAUAUAUCCAUAAAAUGUCCAAAUUCAACAAAAACUGUUCAAGCGGCUAACAAAUUGUGUUAAAUGUUAUUGCACUAUUGAAUAUAUGCUAGUAGUCAUACUUAUGACUUUAGUUGUCUCAAUCCCACUAUAGGUCACAUGACGGUUUUGCAAUAUCAGUUUGCCAGCAAUAGUUUCCGGAACAAGAACUGAACGAAGCUUGUCUUGGAGUGAUCUACGUCCUCGAUUGGUAAACAACACAAAUAGCGCUCGUAUGUCUAACCGUUCUGAGUAUAUAUAGCAUCAGAAAGGUUAAACUUUACAAUAAAGUUUUCAGUUGCCAGAUUGCAACAUUUUACCGUGGCUUUGUUUUGAGCAAUUUUGAACGGGGCCACACUCACUGUUCAUUUUGCGCUUAGGUAUGGCAAUUUAUAAGUUUCUGCUUAAUUGCGGUUUGUGGACAAUGCCAACCGUCUUACAUUGCCGAGAAUAUGUAUAUCUAAAUUUUUAGUUACCAGCUUGCGCAGAUGGAUGUACGGACGGACAAUAAUUCUUCUUCUUUACUGGCGUAGACACCGCUUACGCGAUUAUAGCCGAGUCAACAACAGCAAGCUGAUUGUUGGUUUUCAUUGGGGGUGUUUUUUUACGUGGCGGGUCCCAAACCCAGCGCACAACCCUAAGUAGGGGAAAUAAUUACAAAUUGGAAAUAAAUACCUGUUUUUAUUUGAGUUGGAUAAUUUACGCUGUGGCGUGAAUUUUCAUAUGUUUUUGUUUUUUUGGAUUCCAUUGAAAUAAAUGAACACUUUUAUGUAUGCUAUAUUAAAAAAAUUAUAAAAACGAAAUAAAUACAACACCUGCAUACUACGCUUUUAGCUUUAACAAAAUAUUAUGAAAUAUAGAAUACUUACAUAUGUAUAUAUAGCCACUUCAAAUUGACUUGUAUUUCACUGUCAUUCAAUCAGACAGAGUCUAUGCAAAGAUGAGAGAAUACCUGCAUCAACAAGUGAUGUUUGAGGGCAUAGUUUGUCAGUACCUAAACUUCUUGGUCAGCUAUUAUAUUAUAUUAAUUUAUUCAAGUAAAAAUUUAUCAAAAUAUAAUAGCUAUGCCAUAAUUCAUAAGGGACUCGUUAUUGUUUCAUUCCAUGUAAUUCAAUUAAUUUUACAUGUUUUGAUUUACAAAGAUUUUUAGUCAAAAUAUCUACUGGCAUAUUAUCUGUACUUAAAUAUUUUAAAUCAAUUACAUUAUUUUUUGCAACUUCUCGUAAUAAUGAAAUCGUAUAUCAAUAUGUUUACUUUGAUUGUGGUUAACUGGAUUCUGCGCUAAAUGUUGUGAACUCAAAUUAUCACCAUACAUUGUGAGCGCCCUCUUGCUAUUGUUGCAAUCCAUUUCACUUAACAAAUUUUUCAAAUAAACUGCCUCUUUGGCUGCCGCCGAUAACGCCAUGUAUUCAGCUUCGGUACUGCUUAAAGCAACUGUCACCUGUUUCUUACUCUCCCAAGAGAAUACACAACCUGCCAGAGUGAAUGCAUAGCCGGUAUAGGACCUUCUGUCAUCUACGCUGCUACCCCAAUCUGCAUCUACGAAGCCCUCUGCUUGCUUACGCGUCUUUCUGAAAUGAAGCUUUAAAUUUUUCGUAGUAGAAAUAUACCUUAGUACAUGUUUUGCUGAUGUUCAAUCUGAGGAUCGCAAUUCCUUUGCGCCAACUUGCUGACUGAAUGUAAGAUGUCGGACCUUGUCGUUACUACUAAAUACAUCAACGCGCCAACUGGGAUUCUGUAGCAUUUACCCUUUCGCAUUCAAUUGUAGAACAUUGAAUCUUGAAACCAGGAUCAAGUGGAGUAGAUGCCCCACGACACUUCUCCAUACCACACUGCUUCAAGAAAUUUUGCACGUAUUGGGAGUGACCAACAGAUAUAUCGCCUACGCUGCCAAUACGUUCAAUCUUCAUUCCAAGAAAAUGUUGGAUCCUGCCUUUGUCAACAAUAUCGAAACUCUCAGCGAUUUGUCUCUUUAUCGCCAAUAGGUGUGCCUCGCUCGAACUUGCCACGAUAAUGUCGUCAACGUAAACAGCAAUGAAGUUAUAAUUUUUAUCAACAUUUUUCGCAUAAAAGCAUGGCUCAUUCUGACACUGCUUAAAACUAAUGGAUUUUUUGUUUUGAAAUCGGAUUGCAUCUUCAACCCCAACUCCGGCCUUGAAAUUUCGGAAAUUCGCCUAAAAUCGUGAAAUUGUCUACCUAGCGCCUGAAAUACACAUCUCAUGGCAAUAUGUAUAAAACAAAGGUUUUUUGUCACGUCAUUUGCUACCGAAAUGGGAUAAGUGAUCAUGGCCGUAGGAUGAACCGUUCCCGAGAUACGAGCGAAAAGGCGGCGCGCCUCAGCGCAAGGUGAAAAUCGGCUUGCGGCCAUACUACUUGACGUUGAUUUCGCCGAGUGCUAUCACUCACAUUCAUUCACCUACGCCAAAAAUACGUUCGGAUAGGUCUCCACACAAAUAUUUUUUCAUCGAGUUCCUUCACUCUUGUCGGUGAUUCCGCCGAGUUCUAUCACUUACAUUCAUUUCCCUGCGCCAUACGACACGUUCGGACUGGUCUCCACAUAAAUAUUUUUUCACCGAGUUCCUUCACUCUUGUCGGUGAUUUCGCCGAGUGCUAUCACUUAUAAUCUCUCAACAGAACACAGAACUCAAAAUGUCUGUGUCUAAAUUUAAAUUUAGACAGAAAUAUCCUGUGUUUGGCAUAUAUCCGUACAAUCUCUCUGAGUCCCAGUUACCUACUUACCAGGAUGUUCUUUUGUGUUAUCAGUUUGAAAGAUUUCGUGUAGGCCGACCCCGAGGCGACAACUAUGAACCUAGGAGUAAAGAGGUUACAGAUAUAGUUGCAAAAAAGGUUGACUUGACUUUUAAAAAGCCAUCUAUUCCGAUAGUUUCACACACCAGAGUUGUACAAAUGCUCACCACAUACAUUAAGAAAUUUCUGACUCUUAAACAAAUGUUUUUAAGGAACCCAAUAAGUUUGAGCUCUAAAAGAGACGACUUUGUCUCUUCUGCCGGAAAAUUAUUUGAAAUCGCUAAAGAAAAGCUUUCAAAACGUCAUUCAACAUCAAAACUUACCAGAAAAGUAUCAGCUAGAACACGUUACCAUUCAGAUCAGCCAGACUCUCAUACAGACGACAACAAUGUAGGUGCGUCGCAAAUGGAUUCUUCCAAAAACGAUGCUGAUGAUGAAUUUUCUCUUCCAUUCUCUAAAACCAAACAAAACACACUAGUAUUAGAACACACUGAUUUAGCUGCCCAAAGAAUUGGAGUAAGUGAUAGAGCAGCAGCUUUGUUUGUUUCAUCUGCUUUUCUGGAUGCCAAAAAAGCAGGUUUGAUAACUGAGGAUCAGGCUAGCUGUGUCACUGACAAAUGCAAGAUUAGUCGGGCAAAAAAAAGUGUUGGAGUUAAGCUCCAAAACACCGAAACUAUUGACUCUAUAUAUGGGCUGUAUUUUGACGGCCGCAAAGACAAUACACUUACACAAGUCAGCGAAGGUGAAAGGUACUACCGCGACACUGUCAAAGAGGAACAUAUUUCUCUUAUAGCGGAACCUGGUUGUCAUUACUUUGGCCACGUCACCUCUCCUUUCGGGUAAGCUGAGGAUGAGACGCAAGCUAUAUGGCAACAUUCAGAAGAGAAUUCAGUUGAUGUGGAACAUCUAGAAGUUGUCGGUGCUGAUUGCACCAACACGAAAUUAGGUUGGAAAGGUGGAGUCAUUCGGAAACUAGAAGAAAGAAUAGGUAGGCCAUUACAGUGGGUUGUUUGUCUUCUACAUUUCAACGAACUUCCAUUUCGUGCUCUUUUCGAACACAUAGAUGGUGUCUCAAAGAGUCCAAAUACAUUCUUUGGCGACAUAGGUAAACUGCUCCCUGAUUGUGAGAAUUUGCCUGUUGUCAAAUUUGAAAGUUUUCCAUCCUGCCAAUUACCUUCUGAGGUUAUUAAUCCGACCCAACUUGGCACAGAUCAAGCUUAUCAUUAUAAAAUAUCAGAAGCUGUUAUUUCCGGUCAAUGUUCCUCAGAUUUAGCGUCGAUGCAUCCAGGUAACAUGUGCAAAUCUCGCUGGCUCACCUGUGCAAAUAGAAUUCUGAGAGUAUACAUUUCUACUGACAAACCAACAAAGGAAAUAAAGAUUUUGGUCAAGUACAUACUUACAGUUUACUCACCUUUGUGGUUCUCAAUAAGAUUCAGCAGUUCAAUCAAAGAUGGCCAUCUCUAUGAUGCAAUUCAAAGGUCGAGAUACUUACCUGCUAAACUGCGCAAGGUUGUUGAUUCAUCCAUUCAACAGAAUGCUUUCUUUGCUCACAUUCUCCUUAGUAUGAUGACUGACGAACGGAUAGAAGUCAGAAAGUUGGCCCUUGACCGUCUUCUGGCAGCCAGAGAACCAGAGUCUGGCACUGUAAAUGAAAGGGUUACAUGUAAUAAAGUGCCAAAGCUGAAUUUCAAAGCUAAUAACUAUUACGAUAUGAUUAACUGGAAGACUAUUACCUUGACUGUUCCACCAGUUCUUUGUUCAGUUUCUAACGAAGAACUCAUAAAAGGGCUGUCGGGAGACACUGCAGAGGUAUGGAAAUUUAGUGAAUUCCCCUCUCACACCGUGGCAGUCGGCAAUCGAGAGAACCGUCAAACUGGUGACAGAGGCAUCUUCUAAAGUUAUUGGCCCCCAAUCUCGUGAUCGUUUUGUACGCUCUACACUGAAAUCUAGGCAACAAGUGCCAAAGUUUAGUACAAAAUCUGAUUUUAUCAAUAAAUUCGACACAGAUUCAGACUAAAACAAGCCUGACAUAUCGUAGGUUGGUUGGGUUGGGUUGGGCUUGGGAGGAACCCGAAGAGCAGCCACCUCCACGCGGUGGAUUUUGGGUGACCAGUACAGAUUAGCUGAGAGCUGCAGCAAUUUUCACCUUGCGCUGUGGCGCGCCGCCUUUUCGCUCGUAUCUCGGGAACGGUUUAUCCUACGUCCAUGAUCACAUACCAUUUCGGUAGCAAAUGAUGUGACAAAUAACUUUUGUUUUAUACAUUUUGCCAUGAGAUGCGUAUUUCAGGCGCUAGGUAGACAAUUUUACGAUUUUAGGCGAAUUUGCGAAAUUUCAAGGCCGGAGUUGGGGUUGAAGAUGCAAUCCGAUCUCAAAACAAAAAGUUGCAUUGGAAUCAGGAAGUACUAAAGCAACUUUUCCGCACUAUUAGAAAUCCCGAAUCGAAAAAGUCCGGAAUCGACCCACCCUAUUCCAUAUACGCCUCAUCGUCUAUCUCGCUGCUAAGGUACGACGUUGAUACAUCCAGUUGAUGCAUAUGUAGUUCUUUUUCAGCUGCCAAUGCAAACAGCAUUCGUAUGGUAGCAUAACCUACAACAGGGGAAAACGUUUCGUUGUAAUCAACGCCAUACCGCUGGCUACACCCCUUUGCAAUUUUUUUCCAAUUGGCAUCAGUUAAUGCCCAUGUUUGUUUUCUAAUAAACGAAUCGUAUUCUCUGUUCAUAGCCUCUUGCCAGCGUUUACAGAGUACUAAAACAAAUCCAUUCAAGAGCUUCCUCUUGGUCUUGAAUCUUGCUUGUAGAGAAUUGUAUUCGCGGGUACCACGUGACCUUUGGUAUAAGCGUCUUACUUUUUGGCAUUCAUUUGGUAGUUGAGCAAUUGUGUCGUUCCACCAGUAAAAGGGAUGAUGAUUGCACCGUGAAAGCUUCGAUAUUGAUAUGUAGCAUGCAGUUAUAAUGCAGCCCGUUAUCAAUGAACCGCUUGAUUAACCGACCGCAUGUUGUCGCGAAGAGUAGCAGGCCCAAAGGUAAAGGGUCUAUAAGUGGAGCAGUGUUUGCGAAGAAAUUAUCUCAAAUAUAAUGACAUAGUGGUCGCUAAGAGUGUACAUAUCGCUAAUUUGCCAUUUAGAUUUACGAACUAGGCUUGAGUUUACGAAGGUAAGGUCUAUCACCGUUUGGCGCCCACCUUUGUUGAAUGUGCAUUGGUUACUUGUGUUGAGCAGCUCAAGAUCAAAGGAAGUAAAAGCUUCUAGUAAGGCCAUGCCCCUACUAUUAGUUCUUUUGCAUCCUCAUUCAAUAAAUAUUACUCUAUUUAGUUCAACCUCGGGCAUCGGUCACAAGGCUGUCGAUAAUUAUUCCUAAAUUCUUCAUUAAUGAUGCUGGGGGGUAAAUAGCAAUAAAAUAUAUACAUAUAUAUGUCGCUAACUUUAGCUCGAACAAAGCCAUUGAAAGAGAAUGUAGACUCCAGUUGAGGGAAGCUAGGGUUACAUUUCCAUACAUCAGCCUUAUUUUCUGUGUCACUUAACGAGUUUACCCUCCGCCUAGUUUUAUAUGGUUCGCUGAUCGUCUGUUUUAGCAGGUCCUGUGCCGCUUGACAAGGAUUAAGAUUGAGUUCUAAGAAUCUCAUAUAUACCGGGCAUCUGACGCUUCCAGUGAAAUGCUUAGCUUCUUUGAAUCCAGCCAGGCAGAGUAAACAUUUCGGUUUAUUUGUGCAGUCCUUGGUCUGAUAUUCACCUUCGCUACAUCUUCUGCAAGUCCUAGACCUAACCUCAUUUGUGCAGUUUUUUGCAGUGUGUCCAUAUUCGACACAUUUAAAGAAUCGCUGUGGUUGUCUAGCUACCUCAACCGGGAGUUUAAUGAGAGUUGUUUGGAUGUCUCCAUAAGACUUUCUAAGUUCUUAACUAUUAAGAUCGUCAGUUCAAGGUUACCUAACACUCACUGUGAGCAUACUUCUUCCUUGCUUGUAACUUUAUCAAAGUCUUUGCUGUCCAGUAGAUUCUCCUAGGUCAGAAGUUUAACGUUGGCUUGAUCCCCAAGAUAUUUCUUCAUGGUCUCCUGAGAGUCAGUUGGAAUCACGGUUCCGCUUAGUUGUAGCAACAUUUCACCACUUUGACUAUUAAGUAUUUUAGUGACGAUAUUUCCAACCGCUGAGGGUUGAGUCGGUCUUGAUUUUCCGUGGAAUCUCCGCAUAGGUACCUAUAGUUGAUCGAAAAGGUCGGUUAAUGUGUGAUAUAUAUAACUAAAAUUAAGAGUAAUUCUUCUCUUAUAAUGGUAAGUCUGUAUGUCAAAAAUGGGAUGAGUCGGACCAAUACUUCCCUUUAGCCGCCAUAUACUUACAAUAAUGAUUUUCGAUCUUCAGAUUGACUUUACUCUAUACGACAGAUUUUACAAUUUAAACUAUUUCCCUAGCUUUGGUUCUUGGUUGCAAAAGUAUAAAAUGUUCGGUUGCACCCGAAUUUGCCCAUCGUUACUUUUUUUUUAACUAUAUUUAUUGAAUAAAAUAGCUUGUAUGUGUAAACAUUGCAUACGUUCAAAAAAAGUCGUUUCCUUUAAAAUAAAAAGCACAUAAUUUAAGAAAGUUAAAUCCUAUUCAGUUUUAUCAAGUCAGUUGACAUUUUACUUUUAAUUUUCACUGUAAACAUAAGCUUAUAUGGCUUAAAUUAUGUUGACGAAAGAACAUGAACGUUAAUAGUUUUUUGUACCAUCGAUAAUUGGAUAAGGAUCGUAGUUGACAACUUCUCCAACAUAGAAAGGAUUACUCUAUUGACUCAUUCAAAUAAGCCAUUGUCCCUCGGAACGCUCAAUUAUAUUUUCGCUACAAAAAUGUAUAAAUUUGGUUUUUGAUUUUGAAUAAUUGUAACCUAUGUGCUCAAAUGCUUUAUAUGUAGUUCUUCGCCGUGGAAUCAAAGUUGCCCGAGUAUUCGAUUUGUCAUUUGCAUUUGGGUACCUUAUCAACAUAAGCAUGUAAUGCAAAAACUGUCUUGCUUUCCUGUACCGCUGUCUGCGAGUUGAUGUGAGCAAAAUAGUGCUGACUAGGGAUGGCAAGAUUGGUUACAGAAUCGAUUCUCGAUUCUGACUAUUUUUCUAUAUUUUUCGAUUCUAAGAAUCGAUUAUCCGGGGGGAAAUAUCGAUUCUUUCGAUUCUAAUCGAUUUUAAAUUAAAAGGACAAAAAUUUAUUUAUUAAAUCACAAGGCAUAAAUUGAAUGAAUAAUUCAAAUCGAUUAAAUAAAACACAAAAAUAGUUAAAAACAAUUAUAUUGUUUUGUUUAUAAAUAAGGUACCAAGAACAUUACAUUUCAUUUAAAUUUUCUUUUAAAUAAUUCAAGUUAAUUAAAGAAGUUUAAUAAAAUAAGUUUUUAAAUAAGCAAUAAGCUAAUUGUCAGUUUAAGAAAACCAUACAUUUUCCGGGACAGAUCUUAAAAACAGAAGCAUAUUUAAGUGAUCUGGCGUUAACCGGCUGCGAAUUUGAUUCGCAGUUAGCCCAGUAUGCGAAAAUAAACGGUCACAAGGUCUUGAAGUCGCAACAAUUGAUAAGUAUUUUCUUGCAAUCCUCGAUACGUGAGGAUACUCAUUUUCGAUACUUUUCCAAACAUGUAAUGGAUCUUGUGUACUACCUCUAUCUACUAUCGGCCGAUUAAUAAAUUGCCUUAAUUCAAUUGGUACUCCACCCGCUUCAUAAUUGUCGUAGUACGGAUUACUCGAUUGUACAGCUUGAUCCAAAAAAUCCCAGAAAUUUUUAUCUUUGUUUGAUGGCUGUUGAUCAUCAAUAGUUAGCCGACUAUCACACUCAAUAGCUAAGUUUUUUGACACUUUCACCUCCUCUUUUACCAGUGAACCUAUACGUAUAAAAUUCCAAUAACAUAUUAAUACUACUUAAAGUAUUAUAAUAAUAAAAAAAAUUAAUUUUUCCCUAUAGUUUAAUAAAUUUUCCAUGUCAAUGACGUACCCACAGUCUCUAUAGCACGUGAACAGCUAAAGAUACUCUGGAAACCAAUUUUUUUGUAUCGAGGAUCAAGAAGCGUUGCGAUGUGAUACACUUUAACAAACUCAAUGUUGGAAAAUUUUUGCUUUAAUUCAGCCAUUAACUUUUUCUUUAAUUCUUUACCAACUGUCGUGAUGGGAUUAAGCUGAUUUGUUUUCUGCAAAAAAAAUAAAAUAAAAAUUAUACAGUUAAUUAAAAUUAUUCUUUUAUGAUAGUAUUCUUUUCAUCUAUUAUUUUUUCAUGAUAGUAAUUAGUUUUAAAAAUCAGAUCACCUCACUUUAAAUGUAUUAUAUAAAACGAUAAAUAGUAAAACAAAAAAAUUACGUACUUCUUGAAGUCGUUUUACCAGUGGAAUACAUUUACUCAAAGUCACGAGCUUCAUGUAUAGCAAACCGCAAAGAAUAAAAAAGAUCCUUUAUUUCAAUAAGCGUAUCAAGAUCAUCACCUGAUAAAACAUCUGGUGGCUUUGAUCGUGAAGUUUUAUCUCUUUGAACUUUAAGAAGAGCUUGAUUCACGUAAUCCGCGAGAUUAAUAAAACGGUCCAACAUCUCAUAGCCUGAGUUCCAGCGAGUUCUAACUUCUUGUAUUAAUUUUAACGAUGGUUUUCCAGAUUUUUCUUGUAAAAUUUUCAAUUCUCGAGAAGCAUUUUCACUACAUCUAAAAAAUUUAACUAUUUUUUAACCUUGACGAGUAAAUUUCCGUCCGUAUCACUAUCGUUUUCAUCGAGGGAUUUAAGCAUCUCACUUUGAUCAGAUUCAGAUGCCGGCUGUGUAAUAUCAACUUCAAUAAGACUUUGUCCAACAUUAUUUAGAGUGCAACCAAUACAUGAAACAUGUUUUGCUUCACCAAAGUGUUUUUUGAUAGCCCCUUUUAUGUUGGCUCCUCCGUCUGACAGCACCGCACUGAUUUUAUUUUUAUCAAUCCCCCACUCUUCACAGAUUUCAUUUAAUCUUCCUAUUAAAUAUGGAAUUGUUUUUCGUUCGGUUAAAUAGUACGCACCAAGUUCAUAAGAAGUCAUUUCAUAAUCUGAAAAAAACGGGGUAUAAUCAUAUAAUUUAAGAAUAAAAUUUACCUUUCAAAUAAUGAGUUGUGUGACAUUGUGUGCUGAUGAGUCCAAAUGUCUGUGGUAAGACAUAUAGAAUCUGCCUUUUUCAAUUCUUCUUUAACUUUCAAUUUUAAUUCUUCAUAUUUUGCUUUCAUUCGUUGGUCGAUACCUAAAGAGGCUGUUGAUACGCAGAACACAUAUUUAGAAGAGUGACAAAAGUUCGUCAAAAACUGGUUCAAACACAUGUUAACAUACCAAGGGUGAUCCAUUUCGAGGUUUCCUACUUUUUAAGGAAAAAACCCAGGAAAUUUAAUGCGGAAUGUUUAUUAUUGUUAAGUAAUAAAACGUGGUCGUUUUAAUUAUAAAACAUAGGGUUUGUACGGAAAGUAAUACGAAUUAGUCGAAUUAAAAAAAAAAAAAUUGAACCAAUCGCUACAGUUCUUUAAAGACUUUCAAAAUAGGCUCCCUCUGCGUCGAUGCAUCGCUUCCAGCGCGAUUUACAAUCAUUGAAGGCGUCACGGAAGACAUUCUCCAAAAUAACCUUGAGAGCCGAUGUGCAUACUGCUUGGAUCUCAUCUGUCGUCUCAAAAUGCUUGCCUUUCAUCUGCCCUUUCAGACAAGGAAUCAAAAAAAAGGGAUCUUACUAAAAAAUCAGUGACUCGUCACCUGUGAUUACGUUAUUCGAAAAUUAGGGGUCACUUUCGCACAUGUUUAAUUUUUCUUGGUAUACUUCCACUCGCCGCAAAUUCUGGUCGUCAGUGAGCACUUUUGGCACUCCGGCACAUUGUCAUGAACUACAGUUUUUGAUAAAUUUAACAUCUGGGUAAUUAAACGAAUACACACGAGUUACAUUGUCAGUGUUCGUCGAAGUCGCAGGUCUCCCUGCACGGUCAUCAUCAGCGACAUCUUCCCGGCCCUCCAAAAUGGUCUGGUGCCACCGAAACACCCAACUUCUUGCUAAAGCAACAUCUGAGUAAGCCUGCUUAAUUGUAUCAAUUUUAUUUACAAUUGUAGCCGUUAAGGACUGUUUAGAAAUCUGAACAUACUGUUCACGUUGUAGUGUUUCUUCUUCUUCUUAAUUGGCGUAGACACCGCUUAGCCGAGUUAACAACCGCGCGCCAGUCGUUUCUUCUUUUCGCUACGUGGCGCCAAUUGGAUAUUCCAAGCGAAGCCAGGUUCUUCUCCACUUGGUCCUUCCAACGGAGUGGAGGUCUUCCUCUUCCUCUGCUUCCCCCGGCGGGUACUGCGUCGAAUACUUUCAGAGCUGGAGUGUUUUCGUCCAUCCGGACAACAUGACCUAGCCAGCGUUGCCGCUGUCUUUUAAUUCGCUGAACUAUGUCAUUGUCGUCGUAUAUCUCGUACAGCUUAUCGUUCCAUCGAAUGCGAUAUUCGCCGUGACCAACGCGCAAAAGACCGUAAAUCUUUCGCAGAACUUUUCUCUCGAAAACUCGCAAUGUCGACUCAUCCGUUGUUGACAUCGUCCAAGCCUCUGCACCAUAUAGCAGGACGGGAAUUAUGAGUGACUUAUAGAGUUUGGUUUUUGUUUUUCGAGAGAGGACUUUGCUUCUCAAUUGCCUACUUAGUCCGAAGUAGGCAAGAGAUAUCCCGCGUUGGAUUUCUUGGCUGACGUUGUUGGUGGUGUUUACGCUGGUUCCAAGGUAGACGAAAUUAUCUACAACUUCAACUUGUCAACAGUGACGUGAGUGCCAAGUCGCGAGGGCGACGACUGUUUGUUUGAUGACAGGAGAUAUUUCGCCUUGCCCUCGUUCACUGCCAGACCCAUUUGCGUUGCUUCCUUGUCCAGUCUGGAGAAAGCAGAACUAACGGCGCGGGUGUUGAGGCCGAUGAUAUCAAUAUCAUCGGCAUACGCCAGUAGUUGUACACACUUGUAGAAGAUGGUACCUUUUCUGUUGAGUUCUGCAGCUCGAACUAUUUUCUCCAGAAGCAGGUUGAAAAAUUCGCACGAUAGGUUACGCCUUGUCUGAAACCUCGUUUGGUAUCGAACGGCUCGGAGAGGUCCUUCCCGAUCCUGACGGAGCUUUUCGUGUUGCUCAACGUCAGUUUAGACAGCCGUAUUAGUUUUGCGGGGAUACCAAAUUCAGACAUCGCGGCAUAAAGGCAGCUCUUUUUCGUGCCGUAGAAAUUAGCUUUGAAGUCGACGAAGAGGUGGUGUGUGUCGGUUCUCCUUUCACGGGUCUUUUCCAAGAUUUGGCGCAUGGUGAAUAUCUGGUCGGUUGUUGAAUUACCAGGUCUGAAGCCACACUGAUAAGAUCCAAUCAGUUAGUUGACGGUGGGCUUUAAUCUUUCACACAAUACGCUCGAUAGAACCUUGUACGCGAUGUUGAGGAGGCUUAUCCCACGGUAGUUGGCGCAGAUUGUGGGGUCACCUUUUUUAUGGAUUGAGCAGAGCACACUUAGAUUCCAAUCGUUGGGCAUGCUUUCGUCCGACCAUAUUUUACAAAGAAGCUGAUGCAUGCUCCUUAUCAGUUCUUCGCCGCCGUGUUUGAAUAGCUCGGCCGACAAUCCAUCGGCCUUCGCCGCUUUGUUGUUCUUCAGGCGGGCAACUGCUAUUCGAACUUCUUCACGGCCGGUUAAUGGAACGUCUGCUCCAUCGUCAUCGAUUGGGGAAUCGGGUUCGCCUUCUCCUGGUGUUAUGUGUUCACUGCUAAUUAGCAGGCUGGAGAAGUGUUCCCUCCAUAAUCUAAGUAUGCUCUGGGCAUCGGUGGCUACAUCACCUUCGGGGGUUCUACAGGAGUAUGCUCCGGUCUUGAAACUUUCUGUAAGCCGCCGCAUUUUUUAGUAGAAUAUUCGAGCAUUCUCCCUGUCGGCCAGCUUAUCAAGCUGUUCGUACUCACGCAUUUCGGCCUCUUUUUCUUCUUCUGUCUGCAAAUGCGUCUCGCUUCCCUCUUCAACUCUCGAUAUCUAUCCCAUCCCGCACGUGUUGUGGUCGAUCGUAACGUUGCGAGGUAGGCAGCCUGUUUUCUCUCCGCUGCAACACGGCACCCCGUCAUACCAGCUGUUCUUUUGCACUUUCUGAAAACCAAUGGUUUCGGUUGCAGCUGUACGUAAGGAGUUUGAAAUGCCGUCCCACAGUUCCCUUAUACCGAGUUGUUGACGAGUGCUCUCAGAGAGCAGGAGUGCAAGCCGAAUAGAGAAUCGUUCGGCUGUCUGUUGCGAUUGCAGCUUCUCGACGUCGAACCUUCCUUGUGUUUGUUGGCGUGCGUUUUUUGCUGCACAGAGGCGAGUGCGAAUCUUAGCUGCCACAAGAUAGUGGUCCGAGUCGAUGUUGGGACCUCGGAGCGCACGCGAAUCUAAAACACUGGAGACGUGUCUUCCGUCUAUCACAACAUGAUCGAUCUGGUUGGUAAUUUUUCGAUCCGGAGACAGUAAGGUAGCUUCAUGAAUCUUCUUAUGCUGGAAUCUAGUACUAUAGAUAACCAUAUUUCGGGCCCCGGCGAAGUCGAUCAGCCUAAACCCAUUUGGGGAUGUUUCCUCGUGGAGGCUGAAUUUUCCGACCGUAGUGGCAAAGAUACCUUCUUUGCCCAUCCUGGCGUUGAAGUCGCUGUUGCGUCAAGCGACAAAAUAUAUAUUUAAACCUAAAACUGAAAUUAAGAAAAAUGAAUUGUAAAAAAUUAUAAAUAUUGAAUUGCAUUAGUAUUGUAUACUUACCCUAAUAAUAUUAAAUAUACUUACCAUAAUCUAUUACUUUAAGUUAAAAUGAAUUACUCACCUCUUUUUGUACAUACCUGUAUACUUCCAUUCCAACUGUUCUAUCCCGUUAGUUUUAAGACUUAGGCUAAGUAACUAGAUGAGCUGAAAUAAAGAAAUUAUUGUUAUUUGACCGCAAUUGAAUCCGCACGCGUUUUUCUAUUUUUCGCUAUCUCGUUCGUUCGCUUAUUUUUCUUCACAGUAUCGUGAGCCAAAGUGCAGGCAAUUGGUUGAAUUUUAAUUUUAGUGAUUUCACGUGUCCCGACUAUUAUUUUUAUCUCAAAAACUCUUGAGAAAUUUUUCAUGGCGCCCAAGCAGGGACAUGAGCGUGAUUAGAAAAUUAAAAUAACUACAUACAAUAUAAAAUAUCUUUUUCGCAACCAAUUGCCAAAUGUCGUUUUCGGUUUUCGGUUCUCACGGUUCUCACGAUUAAGUGAAGUGGCAAGUUAAAAAAAAAAAAAAAAAUAUUAUAAAAAGGAUUAAGGAUCCAACUAUAAAAACAUAUAUAUGUAUGUACAUAUAUGUACAUACAUAUAGUUAAAAUAUAUUUGAAGUGCGUGCAGUCCAAUACAAAAAUAUAAUAAGUGGAACCUAUAAUAAAAAUAACGAAAUAUACAUUUACAUACAUAUAAUAUAAGUGCAGUGGAAAUCUGUGGAAAAAAUAUAUACAUAUACAUACAGUGUUAAAUCAAGUGCUAAAAUACUUACCGUAUACUUACCUCAGCAUAAAAAUCCUAAGAGAAAAAAAAGGAGAAAAAUUGUGGAGUGUGUGCUUAGUGUAAAGUGAAAAAUUCACCAAAGCGAAGAAGAAAGAAUUAAAAUAAAAGGUGGUACUAAGGUGGAAGGUGAAUUUUAUAUGCGGAACAGUGGUGGGCGCAAAUAAAAGCUCAAAAGUUUUUGAAAUACCAAAAAUAAUAUUAUAAAUACGUUACUGUUGAAAAAAAAGGAAACAGUUUUAUAAACUGUUUAAAGUGCCGCAUAAUUAAAAAACCGGUAAAGCCGGUAAAGUGCCGGUAAAAACGACAAACCGUUUCCACCGCUAUCCGCAACUUUUUGGUGCUUCAAUCCGCUGCUGUUAUAACUCCGCUGCUGCCAUCACGUCGCUGCCUUCAAUCUAUUGCUGUCGUCGCUCCGCUGCUGUUAUAACUCCGCUGCUGCCAUCACGUCGCUGCCUUCAAUCUGCUGCUGUCGUCAAUCUGUUGCUGCUGUCGUCGCUCCGCUGCUGCCAUUACUCCGCCACUGGUAUAACUUCGUUGCUGCCGUCUAUCCGCUGCUGCUUAAGUCAUCGUGGGAAUGAGCUGCCGCUGUAUCCUGUGCCAGAGGGACGUAAGCGCCGGCAAACAGCCGACGCACCAGGUAACGAGUGCGAAUUAUUGAAAGUGGUGCAAACAAAAAACAAUAAUAAUAAAACUGCAAACGCACACUUUCAGUUUUUGGCUCUCCCUUUUCACAUUACACGCCUAUUUACACAUAUAUAUAUAUAUCGUUUUCUACAUAUAUUAUAUAUUUUACAUAUACGUAUUAUAUACUAUACUUAUAUUGAAGUGAAUGUGAAGGGAUUUUGGGAUUGCGGAUUUGCCUAUAUUAAGGUGCGACCUUUUUGUAAAUCGCCUAAUUUUAAAAUUUUAAUUCGGUCAGUUUUUUCGCAUAUUAUCUCCUGUCUUCGCAAAUUUAAUUCUUGGACAAUAUUUUUUCGCGUUAAGUUUUCGACUGUGCUAGUGCUCAUUUUGCAUAACUCAUCGGUUUGGCUUUCAUAUACUUGGGAAUCGAUAUUAUUUUUUCUCGUUUUCGUAGCCGAUUCCAAAUAUAUUUGUUGCCAACCUUUAUUACUAUUGGUUUGGCUUUCGUAUAUUUGAGAAUCGCUUUAUAUAUUUUUUUUCGUUUUCGGUAUCGAUUCUUAAUAUAUCUGUUGCCAACCGUUGUAGUUUUUUUUUCCGGAAAUUUAAUUUAAACAAGCAAAAUGAGCAAGCCAAAGCCAACUAUCGCCAACCUCUCUCCAAGUAAGGAGUUAAUCGACUUAAAGUCAUUAAAGCGUCAAAGGACGGUGGCAAAAAAUAGUAUUUUGCGAAUAAAGACAGGCCUUUUAGAAAAAACCAUGUCGUUAGAUCCAAUUGAAUUGGAAUGUCGGCUCGACAUAUUAAAUUCACAUAGCGAAAAGCUAAUGAAAUGCCAAUCUAAAAUUGAAGAGAUUGAUGAAGACGACAUGGUCCGAGGGGAGUUAGAGGACAUAAUUGUUGAAACGAAAUCAAUAAUUAAAAAUAUUUUAGCCAAAAACCGAACGUCAAUUGCCGAAACAUCCUUCGUAGCUUCUCACAGCUCAAGGCUCCCUAAAAUGAAUUUGCCGAAAUUCAAGGGAGAAUAUUCAGAAUUUAAAAAUUUUAUGAGUUUGUUUGAGAGCUUGGUUCAUAAUGAUCCAAAUAUCCCAGAUAUAGAAAAAUUUAACCAUUUGGUAAAUUGUCUAUCUGGAGAGGCUCUGGGAACAGUUAAAGCGUUUCAGAUGUCGGAUGAAAAUUAUCCGAAAGCGUUGGCAAGUCUCAAAAAAGUUUACGAUAAUAAGUGCUUGAUAUUUUUCAAUACAAUAUCUAAACUUUUUGAGCUGCCAACCAUCCCAAAGCCAUCCGCGCCUUCAUUGCGAUCAAUGAUUGAUGAAGUGUCUGCCAUUUAUGACUCUUUGCUAUCUCUGGGCGAUGAGAAGCAAAUAACAAACGCCAUUAUAAUACAUAUAGUUAUGACAAAGGUUGACUCUGCCACCCGAUCCAAGUGGGAAGACCAACUUGACUACGAUCACUUACCAUUAUGGAAGGAUUGCGAAGCAACCUUAAAUAGAAGGUUUCAGCAGUUAGCAGCGGAAGGAGCAUCUUGUUCAAGAACGAAAUCCGGAGCCACAACCAGCACGAGCCACAUGAAGCAGCCACACAUGGACAGGACUAAAUCAGCUUUAGUUGCUGCAGAGGCAAAGCAGCCAACUUGUCAAAAAUGCAAGUCAAAAGAACAUCCUUUAACUGCCUGCCCCACUUUCAAGGCGCUUCCGGUACAACAGAGGUUCGAGUUUGUGAAAUCGGUGCCCUUAUGCAUAAAUUGCUUGCGUAAGGGGCAUACUGUGUCCAAGUGUAGAGCGGAUCGAUGUCGUGUAUGCAAUCGAUCGCAUCACACAUUGUUACACCAGUACCCGGUUUCCUUCCCCGCUGCAUCUCAUCCGCAACCAUCAACCACACAUGCCAUGCAUACAGCGAGUAUGCCGGAUCGGGUAAUGUUGGCGACAGCUGUUAUUCAAGUGAGGACCAGUUAUGGUGAAUACCUGCCUGCGAGAGCGUUAUUGGACUCAGGCUCCCAAGUCAACUUUAUGACGGAGGACUUGGCACAAAAGUUGCGGAUUCGUCGCCAACACAAAACGUUGAAUAUAAUAGGAAUUGGAAAUUCCAACACGAAAGUGGGGACAAAACCAAGCGCGUUUGUUAAGUCGCGGGCAAAUAAUUACGAAUUUUCGGCAGAAUUCUGGAUAAUGCGUUGCAUUUCGGCUAAUCAUCCAGACCAUAACAUAAAUGUUAAUGGCUGGAAAAUUCCGCGCAAUAUUAAAUUGGCGGAUCCAGAAUUCCAUAAAUCAAAAAAGAUUGAUAUCUUAUUGGGUGCAGAAACCUUUUUCGAACUGUUAGCGGUUGGCCAAAUUAAAAGUGGCCCUAAUCAACCAACGCUACAGAAAACCCUUUUAGGGUGGGUUGUGUCUGGCAAAUAUGCUAGCAAUCUAAGUCCUCCUCCUUCUGCAACUAGCACAUUAUGCCAAUCUGAAGAUGAUUAAUUCGGUGGUCCAAAAAUUUUGGGCGUUAGAAGAAUUACCUUCAGAAUCAAAUGGCAUCAAAUUCACACCAGAGCAACAAGAGUGUGAAAAAUUUUUCGUAAAUACAACUCAAGUAUUGCCUUCAGGACGGCUUCAAGUUAGAAUGCCCUUUAAAGCUGACCGUAAGUUACUCGGUCAUUCAUAUGAAACCGCAGUUCGGCGGUUUCAGGCCCUGGAGAGAAGGACAUUAAAAGAUCCAGAACUUCGUAAAAUGUAUCUGGACUUUAUGAAUGAAUAUAAAGCAUUGGGUCACAUGAGCCCAACGAACAAUAAGAUCCCGAGUGAGCCACACUACUUCAUUCCGCAUCAAUGCGUUUUAAGGCCCGAGAGCACAACAACCAAAUUACGUGUUGUAUUUGAUGGUUCGAGUCGAUCUUCAACUCAAAUAGCGUUGAAUGAACUUUUGAUGGUAGGUCCAACCAUCCAAGAAGAGUUAUACUCAACUCUUCUUCGUUUUCGCUUACAUAAGUAUGCACUAACAGCGGACAUUACUAAAAUGUACCGCCAAAUAAUUAUGCACGAAGAAGACAGAAAUUGUCAGCUUAUUGUGUGGAGAGAGCAUCCUUCUGAGCAAAUUCAAAUUUUUCGUCUUAACACCGUAACAUACGGCACUGCGCCUGCUCCAUUUCUCGCAACACGGUGUUUGCAAAUGCUCAGUGAUGCCAAUACAAUGAAAUACCCACUCGGUUCAUUGGCCAUUAAAAGAGACUUUUAUGUUGAUGACUUAUUAACAGGAUCUGAAAAUUUUGAGUCUCUAGAUCUUAUAAGAAGUGAAGUAAUUGAAAUA